GAACGUCAACCCGCUCAAUCCGCUUAACCGUGAAAGUAACGAUGUCACGAUGGAGGACAUCCUGGAUCCUCGAGCUCCUAAUCGUCGGAUCCCUUUACCAACCAUUGCUUCUGCGUCUCGACGGUCCAAGUAUGCGGAUCUUGAUUGGGAUGGUCAUCGAGAAAAGCUUUACGAGUUGUACAUUCAAGACGGGAAAACUCUAUUACAGACGAUGGAGAUCAUGCGAGAAGAGUUCGAUUUCGAUGCGCCGUAUGUAUUGCUAGUCUUCCUCAACGCACCGAUUUGUUCACUUCGCGAACUUCCGUACUUCCCAAUGCACAUUGUCUGACUUCUUCAGAGCCAAAGCAUUCAAAGACAAGUUCAAGUACUGGGGCUUCCAAAAGAACUUGCCCAGAGAGACGGCUCAGUGGAUGGUUCGAAGGGCGUUGUUGAGGAAAGAAAGAAGCAAGGAGACACAAUUCGAAUAUGGAGGUCAGAAGUGGACGCUGGAACAGGCUCUGAGCCGCGCCAGUCGUUCCAAGAAGCCAAUAGAAGAAUUGGCAAACACACCGGAAGGCAUGGUAGUUACUACUCCGGACAACCCGAACGACGCAGUUCCGCCAGGCAAUCACGAUGAUGAUGAUGAAGAAGAAUUUCCGAGGAGUCCCAGUGUUACUGCCAUAGGCUCUGAUACCCUGCCAGCUGCGCGUGGUUUGCCGCUGAGCUACAAUGGCAAGACCAGGCAGGACCUCGCCGAUAUUCUCAAAGUUGCGCGAGCAUCUGCACAGCAAAAAGAUGCUGCUAAAGCAGAGCAGGCUUAUAUUGACGUAUUUCGUGGUCUCGAGCACCUUCUAUCGCCUACCGCUGUGGAUACUGUCAAAAUCGGAUACGAAAUUGCAUCAUUUUAUUGGGAGCAAGGCCGUAAGGCUGAUGCAGAUGGCAUGCUGGAGACCAUGUCAGCAACCCAUAUAAAAGAGCUGGGCAUGCAUAAUCGUAGCACCCAACAGCACAUCCUUCACGUCGUAGAGAUGUUGAACAGCUGGAAGCGGGGCGAGGAUGCUCUAGUGAUGUUACAACACGCCAGAGAUAUCGAAGAAAUUGAAAGGGAUGCUCGUCCUCGGAGGAGAAACAGAGCGCAAAACAUGGCAACCUCGAGCCUUUCAGUAGAUGAGAAGCUCCAAUCGCUCUAUACCGAGGUCGAUAGCGCGGUGAAUUCUACCCCCAUCGACGAAGGGCUCGUCAACGCUCGUAUUUUCAUGGGCACAAACCAUCCCACCAUUGAGGUCUUACUGAAAGCCAUUGAGAGACAGUGUUUGGAUGGACCAUCAGGAAUGGUUGCCCAAGGACUGCGAGCAAGAGCUGAGCUUCUCAAACAUUACAUCAGCAAGGGUGGCCGUCUCUCGGCUGCAGACAAACAUGCCUUUGAAACUGCAGGAGAUCGUCUGAAAAUUUUCUGGCGUCGCACCCGCUGGGACAAGAAGCAGUUUCAAAGUCAUGAGGUUAUAGAGGCUUCUCUCGAGCUUGCUGCCGGAGUGCUACGUGGCAAACUGGUGCAACACGCCCGGUGGAUGUUCGGAGAAAUCGAGAAGAAGGCAACUGAUGUCUUCGGAGCAGAUGAUGAGCGGACCAUCUGGACGCUAAUCAACAUUGGAAUCAUAUACCAGACAUACAGAACCUGGGAGGAGGCUAGGCGCUGGUUUGAGACAGCGCUUGCAGCUUCCCUCGCAGCGUGGGGCACUAGUGAUGGCGUAACUAGAGCUCUGGAGAAUGCUAGGGACAAUCGUCAUUUUGCUUAUCUCAACGACGAGGGCAGACCGUUCGAGACCAUUUUUGGAGUAUGUGGCAUAACGAUCCGUCCAACGAGGCUGCAUCUGGAGUAAGGAAUCAUCUGUAGCUGUCGUCGUGCGUGGAAUAAAGUAGGGCUAGUCACAGCGAUAGCCAAGUCGUUCCCGUGUUUUUGAUGCGCCUCUGCUAUAUCUUCACAUUCCCACGAGAGUCGUGCUUUCAGUGCCUACUCAUGGUCGAAAGGGAAAUUGUGAUAGAGACAGCUGCAG